AUGUCGCUACCCCGGUGCGCAUUUCGCUGGGCCCGGCUUCCGGCCCGGUUGGGCGCCGAGCUGCGUUCGGGCCGGGAACCCGGGCUUCGGGCACUGAGGCAGGCCUGGUCCUCCUCUUCCUCUUCUUCCUCCUCGUCCUCCGGCGGCUCCAAGGCUCCAAACACAUCCCUCUACGUCCCGCUGCCAGUGAAGCCCCUCGGACCCAACGCCGCGGGCGACGUGGGGGCUGAGCUUACGAGGCCGCUCAACAAAGUUGAAGUCAGGAAAGUCUUAGACAAAUUCUACAAGAGGAAAGAAAUACAGAAAUUGGGCACUGAUUAUGGCCUGGACGCCCGGCUCUUCCACCAAGCUUUCAUCAGUUUUAGAAAUUAUAUCUUGCAAUCGCAGUCCUUGGACGUAGACAUUCACAUCACCCUGAAUGAUAUCUGCUUCAGUGCAGCUCACGUUGAUGAUCUCUUCCCAUUUUUCAUGAGACAUGCAAAGCAGAUGUUCCCUAUGUUGGCCUGUAAAGAUGAUCUCCGAAAAAUCAGCGACUUACGGCUUCCACCCAACUGGUAUCCAGAAGCCAGAUCACUCCGGCGGAAGAUCGUGUUCCAUGCUGGCCCUACCAAUAGUGGGAAGACUUAUCAUGCUAUCCAGAGAUACUUGGCUGCCAAAUCUGGAGUUUAUUGUGGCCCUUUAAAACUGCUGGCUCAUGAGAUCUUCGAAAAGAGUAAUGAUGCUCGUGUGUUAUGUGACUUGGUAACGGGGGAAGAACGGGUGAUUGCAGACCCUAAUGGAAAACCAGCUGCCCAUGUCGCUUGUACUGUUGAGAUGUGCAGCGUCACAGCCCCUUAUGAAGUGGCCGUCAUCGAUGAAAUCCAGAUGAUUAAAGACCCCGCUAGAGGAUGGGCCUGGACCAGAGCGCUCCUGGGGCUCUGUGCGGAAGAAAUCCAUUUGUGUGGAGAGGCUGCUGCCAUUGACAUUGUAACGGAGCUGAUGUACACCACCGGAGAGGAAGUGGAGGUUCGAAAGUAUGAGAGGCUUACCCCCAUCACUGUGCUGAAUCGUGCUCUCGAGUCUUUAGAUAAUCUUCGGCCUGGGGACUGCAUUGUCUGUUUUAGCAAGAAUGACAUUUACUCUGUGAGUCGUCAGAUUGAGAUCCGGGGAUUGGAGUCGGCCGUUAUCUAUGGCAGUCUUCCCCCCGGGACAAAACUGGCCCAAGCAAAAAAGUUUAACGAUCCUGAUGAUCCGUGCAAAAUCCUGGUGGCUACUGACGCAAUUGGCAUGGGGUUGAAUCUGAGCAUAAAAAGAAUUAUUUUUAACUCUCUCAUAAAGCCCAGUAUCAAUGAGAAGGGAGAGAAAGAAAUGGAGCCCAUAAGCACCUCACAGGCUCUGCAGAUCUCGGGCCGAGCUGGCAGAUUCAGCUCCAAGUUUAAAGAAGGAGAGGUUACCACCAUGUAUCCGGAAGACUUGAAGCUGCUGAAGGAGAUUUUGAAUAAGCCUGUGGAUCCCAUAGAGGCGGCCGGCCUUCACCCUACUGCUGACCAGAUUGAGAUGUUCGCGUACCAUCUCCCUGAUACCACUCUCGCCAAUCUUAUUGAUAUCUUUGUGGACUUCUCCCAAGUUGACGGGCAGUAUUUUGUCUGUAACAUGGAUGAUUUUAAGUUCUCAGCAGACCUCAUCCAACAUAUCCCCCUGAGCCUCCGGGUGAGGUAUGUGUUCUGCACGGCCCCCAUCAACAAGAAGCAGCCAUUUGUCUGCUCCUCCCUGUUACAGUUUGCGAGGCAGUACAGUCGGAAUGAGCCGCUGACGUUUGCCUGGCUGCGCCGCUAUACCAGGUGGCCUUUACAACCACCAAAGAACAUCAAGGACCUUGUGGAACUGGAAGCCAUCCACGAUGUGUUGGAUCUAUACCUGUGGCUAAGCUACCGCUUUGUGGACAUGUUCCCCGAUGCCGCCCUUGUCCGAGAGCUCCAGAGAGAACUUGACGGCAUCAUCCAGAAGGGCGUGCACAGCAUCACCAGGCUGAUUCGCAUGUCUGAGUCCCAGCGGAUGUUGAACUUAGACAGUUCCCCAGCAGGGAAGCAGGGCCAGCUGUUGGGGGCUGCAAAGCUGUCCUCUCGAGAAGGGACGGGGACCAAAGCUGUGGAGGCUGCCAUAAUGGACUCUUUGGCUUCCAAGUCCCUCGCCUCAAAGCUGGUGCGACAGGGGCGGCUCACGCCUAGCAUGCUGAAGCAGCUGAAGAAGGAGUGGCUAAAGCAGCAGUUGGUGGAGGACAAGUCCAGGGCAGAGAAUGAGAACCAGUCCGAGGGGACGAGGAAGAAGAACAACCCUAACGCUGAGUAGAUUUUUAGUCACCAAAUAAAAAACAGUAUCUGUUUGGAAAGCC